AUGGUGCCGUUCGCCCCGCUGGAGGACGCGGAGGAGCCGGAGCCGUGCCACAAAAUGGAGCUGUGCAUGAGUGGUGGCGAGCUGAAUGGUCUUAAAAUGGUGGAUGAGCCCAUGGAAGAAGGAGAACCAUAUUCUUACAAUGAUGAAGGAAAUGUGAAAGAAAUUCCUAUUACCCACCAUGUGAAAGAAGGGUGUGAGAAAGCAGAUCCCGCACAGUUUGAAUUACUUAAGGUUCUUGGUCAGGGAUCAUUUGGAAAGGUUUUUCUUGUGAGGAAAAUAAUUGGUCCCGAUGCUGGGCAGCUUUAUGCAAUGAAAGUAUUGAAAAAAGCUUCUCUAAAAGUACGAGAUAGAGUUCGUACAAAGAUGGAGAGAGAUAUAUUAGUAGAAGUAAAUCAUCCAUUUAUCGUCAAACUGCACUAUGCCUUUCAGACCGAAGGAAAGCUAUAUUUAAUAUUGGAUUUUCUCAGGGGAGGAGAUGUAUUCACACGAUUAUCCAAAGAGGUUAUGUUUACAGAGGAAGAUGUGAAAUUCUACCUCGCAGAACUGGCCCUUGCUUUGGAUCAUCUACACAGCUUGGGGAUCGUAUACAGGGAUCUGAAGCCAGAAAACAUUUUGCUUGAUGAAGCAGGACAUAUCAAGUUAACAGACUUCGGACUCAGCAAAGAAUCAGUAGAUCAAGAAAAGAAGGCCUACUCUUUCUGUGGUACUGUAGAAUACAUGGCACCUGAAGUAGUAAACAGGCGAGGCCACAACCAGAGUGCCGAUUGGUGGUCAUUUGGUGUUCUUAUGUUUGAAAUGCUUACUGGUACACUACCAUUUCAAGGUAAAGAUCGAAAUGAAACUAUGAAUAUGAUACUAAAAGCAAAGCUUGGAAUGCCACAAUUCCUUAGCCCUGAAGCGCAAAGUCUUCUAAGGAUGUUGUUUAAAAGGAACCCAUCAAACAGAUUAGGAGCUGGUUCAGAUGGAGUUGAAGAAAUCAAGAGACAUCCUUUUUUUUCAACAGUUGAUUGGAAUAAACUGUUCAGAAGAGAAAUUCAGCCCCCAUUUAAACCUGCUUCUGGUAAGCCAGAAGAUACCUUCUGUUUUGAUCCAGAAUUCACAGCAAAAACCCCCAAAGAUUCUCCAGGAGUUCCACCUAGUGCUAACGCGCAUCAGCUGUUCAAAGGAUUUAGCUUUGUUGCAACUACUGCCAUAGAAGAUCAUAAAAUUUCACCCCUCACCAAUAUAUUGCCAAUAGUACAGCAACUUCAUGGAAACAGUGCACAGUUCACUGAUGUAUAUGAGCUGAAGGAGGAUAUUGGUGUUGGCUCCUACUCUGUUUGCAAGAGAUGUGUGCACAUAGCUACCAAUAUGGAGUUUGCCGUGAAGAUAAUUGACAAAAGUAAGAGAGAUCCCUCAGAAGAAAUUGAGAUUUUGAUGCGCUAUGGACAACACCCUAAUAUUAUUACUUUAAAAGAUGUGUAUGAUGAUGGCAGAUAUAUUUACCUGGUCACUGAAUUGAUGAAGGGAGGAGAGCUGCUUGAUCGGAUUCUCAGACAAAAGUAUUUCUCAGAACGUGAGGCUAGUGCUGUAUUGUAUACUAUAACUAAAACAGUUGACUACCUUCAUUGUCAAGGAGUAGUGCAUCGAGACCUUAAACCAAGUAAUAUUUUAUAUAUGGAUGACUCAAACAAUGCUGACUCUAUCAGGAUUUGUGAUUUUGGAUUUGCAAAACAACUUCGAGGGGAGAAUGGACUUCUUUUAACUCCUUGCUACACUGCCAACUUUGUAGCACCAGAGGUUCUCAUGAGACAGGGAUAUGAUGCUGCUUGUGAUAUCUGGAGCUUGGGUGUUCUCCUUUACACAAUGCUGGCAGGCUAUACUCCUUUUGCCAAUGGUCCCAAUGAUACUCCUGAGGAAAUCCUGUUACGGAUAGGCAGUGGAAAAUUCUCUUUAAGUGGAGGCAACUGGGACACUGUUUCAGAUGCAGCAAAGGACUUGCUAUCCCAUAUGCUUCAUGUAGAUCCACAUCAGCGAUACACGGCAGAGCAAGUAUUAAAACACUCGUGGAUAGCCUGCAGGGACCAGUUGCCUCAUUAUCAGCUAAACAGACAAGAUGCGCCACAUCUAGUUAAGGGGGCCAUGGCUGCCACAUAUUCUGCACUGAAUCACAAGACAUUUCAGCCAGUCUUAGAGCCUGUCGCAGCUUCAAGUUUAGCUCAACGACGGAGCAUGAAAAAGCUAACUUCAACAGACUUAUAG